AUGUCGGACGAUUCACCUUCGACCGCUCCCACCGCAAGCGCCAGAUCCACUACCCGUGGCGGCGCCGCGAAACCGAGACCUCGAGCAGGAAUCCAACGGAAGACCAAGGCCGAAAGAGAACAGUUCGCGAAAGCAGAAGCCGAACGACAAAAGGCUCGAGCAGCCGAAGUGAAUCGGGGUGCGAGAGGAGGAAGGGCGACGACUCGUGGAGGCAGAGGGAGUUCCGCAGCUGGCCAUAGAGAGGAACCAGUAGCAGGCGGGGGCGUUUUCGGCGCAGGGUCCAGUGCAAGACUUCCAACAAAAUCGAGGACAAGCUAUGAAGGGUACGGUGAGCUGGUGGAGGGUAGCCUGCGACGUGUCGAAGACGCUCAUCAGGCUGCUUCAGCGUCUGGUAGGGCUACAACCGCAGGCCAUAACGGAUCAGGCCAAGCGGUCACUCUCGCUGCUGGAAAGGCCGGCAUUCCGAGAACGGCUGCAGCCCUCGAUACGACUACGGACGAGGAGCCCGACGAUGAGAAUAAACGAGACAUCGAGCGCAUCAUGAUCUCGAGCGACGAUGACGAUGAUGAAGAUAUUGUCACAACGAGUUCGAGAAAAGGGAAACAAAAGGCUACAAGCAGCACAAAGCGAAUGCCCACCAGGGGUUUGGCUCUGAGACCAGUGCGUGCACCUCGAACAUUGAAAGAGGAGGAAGGCCAGGAAGGAGACGCCGGGCGCCUGCGCAGCAAGAGAGCCCGCACAGCUGCGGGCCACAGUAAAGAUGCUGAGCCACAAGAGAUUGACAGCAAAAGUGAACCAGAAGAAGAUACCGAGGAUGCAGGGGACAGUGAAUCCCUCCAAUUCAUCAAAGAACAGCCCUCCAGCCCCGAGAUGCGCAAACGGACACUGAAGAAGCAGCUUGGUGCAAGUGCUGGCAAAACCACUGGGAGGGAUGUUAACAAGGGACCUGUGACGGAGACGGUCGAAGAGCGCGCCGAACGCAUGAGAGCCAUGGAGGACACUCAGAAGCUGCGACGUCUAUUCGUGCCUGCGCCAGCGACAGAUGUGAAAAUGAAGGUGGACGAGGACGAGGAUAAAUCGGAGGAGGAGGAAGAUACCACGUCCGAACUGAAGGAUGGCAAAUUAUUCCUCUUCCAGCUUCCACCACUCACGCCCUUCCUGGUCGAUUCAACGACCGCAAUGCAUACAAACGGGGCAGCAGUCAAGACCGAACCCGGCACUACUGGCAAUAGCACCACAACCAUCGACCUCGAAGCGUCUGACGAACGCACAGCCGGCGCCGCGAAUACCACCGAUCCCGAAAUCAAAGCCGACCCCGACGCGCCUGCGAAAGCGACGGCGAAGCCGGGCCUACAAAUGGACGGCCUCCUCACGGCCUCAGAACCAAAACGUCUGCCCGCCGGGGUCGUGGGAAAACUCCGCGUCCACAAAUCCGGCAAGGUCACCCUGGACUGGGGCGGGACGGACAUGGAGGUCCGUUAUGGGAGUGAGGUGAAUUUCUUGCAGGAUGUUGUUCUCGUGGAGCCUGGGCGGCGGAAGCAAGAAGACCCUGCUCAGGAAGAGGACGAGAAUGGCGGCGCUAGUGGCGGUGGUGGUGACGACGAUGAUGAUGACAGGGCAGAGAAAGAGAAACAGGAAAAGGACAUCAAGGGCACGGCGUACGCGAUGGGCCCCGUGAGGAGGAAAAUGGUCCUGAUCCCAGACUGGGUCAAGUUAUACGACUGA